GCCGAGCCCGGCGAGACAGCGGCGGAAAGUGCCACGACUCCACACGGCCGCGGCGGCGAGGAGGGACCGCGACCCGGCACGGGCACAGAAGAGUGAGGCAGGAUGGAUGUGUACGACCCUCAGACGCUGGGUGUUAUGGUCUUCGGAGGCUUCAUGGUGAUCUCGGCCAUCGGGAUCUUCCUGGUGUCCACCUUCUCCAUGAAGGAGACCUCUUACGAGGAAGCCUUGGCCAAGCAACGCAAGGAGCUUGAGAAGACCCAGCAGCAGAAAUUAGAGAAAAAGAAGAAAGAAAAAACAGUUGAGAAAAAAGGAAGAGCAAAGAAAAAGGAAGAGAAACCAAAUGGAAAGAUCCCAGAGCAGCAGCUUGCUCAGGAAGUGACGGAGCCUCCCAAGGAGGUGGUUCCUGAGCCUGCUGUGGUGCCUGAGCCCGUAACCGUUGAGACUCCAAUUGCAGCCAUGGCAGUUGUCCCCCAGGAAAAGGAGAAACCUGUUCCAUCACCUAAGGAGAAGAGGAAGAAGGAGAAGAAGGUGGCAAAGGUAGAGCCUGCUCCUAGCCCGGUGUUGGUGCCGCCCCCUGUCAGUGUCCCCAAAAGUUCUCCCGGCCGGGAGGUGGCCCCUAAGGAGGUGCCCGUUGUGGCAGUGCCCCCAGUUGGCACUCAGCAAAGUGCCCCGGUCAUCAGCUCGGUCACCGUCAAGAAAACCGAGGCUCUUCCAGCCCAGGAGGACCAGAAGCAUGAUGGACCUGCCAAGAAAAAGGCUGCAUCCAAGAAGAAGAGCGAGCCAGCACCCACGGAUUCGGAUGGGGCCCUGUACCUGCCCUACAAGACACUCGUGUCCACAGUCAGCAGCAUGGUGUUCAGUGAGGGGGAGGCCCAGCAGCUGAUCGAGAUCCUGACGGAGAAAGCUGGAAUCAUCCAGGACACCUGGCACACGGCCACGCAGAAGGGUGACCCGGUUGCCGUCCUGAAACGCCAGCUGGAGGAGAAGGAGAAGCAGCUCUCUGCUGAGCAGGAGGAUGCAGCUGCUGCCAGGAACAAACUGCGGGAGCUGAGCAAGGAGCUGGCGGCCGAGCGGGCCAAGGCGGUGGCCGUGGAGGGCAAGCUGAAGGAGCAGCUGCUGGCCCGCGAGCGGGAGAUCGUGGCCGUGCAGGCACGGAUGCAGGCCAGCUACCAGGACCACGUCAGUGAGACCCAGCAGCUGCAGGGCAAGAUCCGGACCCUGCAGGAACAGCUGGAGAACGGCCCCAACACGCAGCUGGCUCGCCUGCAGCAGGAGAACUCCAUCCUGAGGGAUGCCCUGAACCAGGCUACCAGCCAGAUGGAAAGCAAGCAAAACGCUGAGCUGGCCAAGUUGAGGCAGGAGUGCAGCAAGCUGAUGAAGGAGCUGUCUGAGAAGUCAGAGGUGCUGCAGCAAGAGGAGCAGCAGAGGAAGAGCUGGGAGAUCAAGGCGACGGCCUCGGAGAAGCGAAUCGAGCAGCUGCAGGCUUACCAACGGGAGGCAGAGGUGAUGCUGCAGAAGAGGCUGGAUGAGGUCAGCGACGAGCUCCGCAAGACCCAGAGCAGCUACAAGAGCCUGUUGGCAGAUGCAGAAAAGACCAAAGGGCAGCAGCAGAGCAUUGCUGAGCUGCAGGCCAAGCUGCUGAGCUCCGAGGCAGAGGUUAAAAGUAAGCUGCUGGAGUUGGACAGCGUGAAAGGGAAACUGCAGGAUGCCAGCUCGGAGAAUGCAAAGCUUCUGGAGAGGAUCAAGUCCAUCGAAGCUCUGCUGGAGGCAGGCCAGAUGCGGGAGGCAGAAAAAGACAGAGACCUGCAGGCAGCCAAUGAAGCAGAAAUGAAGCAGCUGCAGUCAAGACUCCAGGAGAAGACAAACCAGCUCUCAGCUUUGGAAAGGGAAGCCACACAGCUGCGGGAGGCAGUGGAGCAACAGAAGGCGAAAAACAACGACCUUCGGGAAAAGAACUGGAAGGCAAUGGAAGCGCUGACCACGGUGGAGAAGGCGUGUGAGGAAAAACUGCUCGCUGCUACAAAGGCAAAGGAGGAGCUGGCCCAACGGCUGGACGCGCUCCAGACGCGAACCCAGCAGACGCUGCUCUCCGCCCUCCCGGGAGUCACCGUGUCCUCACAGCAGGAUUAUGACAUGUGGCUACAGGAGUUUAAGGAGAAGACCGUGGGUGUGCUAAAGCAGCAGAUGGUCGCAGCAGAGCCACCCGAUUCAGCUCUUAAAUUAAAAGAGGCAGAGGAAGCGCAAAGCACUUUACAAGCAGAGUGUGAGCAGUACAGAACGAUCCUCGCAGAGACCGAAGGGAUGCUGCGAAACCUGCAGAAGAGCGUGGAGGAGGAGGAGCAGGUGUGGAAGGCAAAGCUCACAGCCUCUGAAGAGGAGCUCCAAAAGUCACACCUGCAGCUGAAAUCCUUGGAAGGCAUGGUGGAGAAGUUGAAAGCAGAUCUGCAGAGCACGGAUCAGCUAAAGGAGUACACCUCUCUUCUGGAAACACAACUGGAAAAUCACUUGGAGACAGCCAGCUCCGAGCGCCAGAACUACACAAAAGAAGUUGAAGCUCUGAGGCAGCUCUUGUCAGAGUCCCAGGAGCAGCUGGAGGCAGCAAAGACUGAAACACAGAAGCAGAGCAAGGAGCUGGCCCUGGUCAGGCAGCAGCUGAGUGAGGCAAAGAGCCAUGUACAGGAGGGAGAAGUAGUGGGGUUACAAGCUGAGCCAAGUGAGCCUGCAGCUCGAGGGGACGGUGGGGAGGCCACUCCUGGGAAGUUGAAAACCCAGCUGGAGCAGAACGAAACGCUGGCAGAGAAGGAGCAAAUGCUGCGGCAAAAACUGGCACGGGAGCUGGAGGAGGCCCAGAGCUUAGCACGCAGCUUGCAAGCAGAGCUGGAAAAGCUGAGACUGGCUGAACAUGCAGCAGCUUCAGACAAGGAGGAGGCCCAGCAUCUCAAGGAAAGACUUGAAAAAGAAAAAAAAUUAACAAAGGACUUGGGCCAGGCAGCAUCCAAACUACAGGAGCUACUGAAGGUUUCCCAGGACCAACUGGCCAAAGAGAGAGAAAUGGUGAAGAAGUUGAAAGAACAGCUUCAGGAAAUGGGGAAAGAGGACAGCUCAAAGGAAGGGACUUCAGUUUGAUGAGUCUUCACCCUGGACCUUACAGUUAACUUACCAAAAUGCCUUACACAUUCCUAAAAAUAAAAAUUUAUGCUAAAUUUACUGUAGAUAAAAGAUACAAGCCAUUAGUGACCCAAAACCUAGUUUUGAAACUUACAAGAAAACAUACAAAAAAAAAAUCCAAAAAACCAACCAGUAAACACUGCAGUUUGUAAGAAAAUCUUCGUUCUGUUUUGUACAACUCUUCGUUUCCUGGGGAGCUGCUGUGGCCACGCUGGGCACGUGCUGGGGCUUCACCCUCCUGUUCCAGCAGAACCCACCAGUGUGUGAAAAGGGAAGACUGUGCUUGUACAUCAACCAGUGCAAUUAUAAUUAUAUAUUUUUUUCCUUAUUUUUUUCUUUUAUUUUCUUUUCUUUUCUUUUCUUUUUUUUUUUUUUUUUUUUUUUUUUUUUUUGAGUGAAAGGAGUGUGACAGUAAGACCCACCAUGGAAGGAUGCCCUCUUGGACGGGUGGCUCUUGGCACGUGUAUUUCUGGCUGUUGAUGCAAUUAAAAUGAUGUAGUGAA